AUGUAUAACGAUACAGAGGUGUUUCGUCUCCAUUUGAAACAUUCUAAGUAAAUUUUCACGUUAACUGUGAAUCAAAUACAUCGCAGCCACCGAGGUUAACCUCUUGUCAUUUUUUGUCCCAAAAUUGUAAUAUCUUCUCAGUUUUAAGUACAUUUAAAUACAAUGCAGACAAAAUAAUAUUAAAAAUUUAUUACUUAUUAGUAAUUUCUAGCCAGUGAUAUUAUUCCGAUGAGUUUAAAAAGAAAGCGAUGAAUUAUUGUAUACCGUUUGGUCGCUCGUUAUGGUCCGCAAAUCAGUUGCCGGCGCAGGGAGUUAACCUCUUGCGCUGAGGAAUGACGUGCCACGCACAUUCCAGAAUUUUUUGUCCCAAAAUUGCAAUAUCUUCUCAGCUUUAAAUGUAUUUAAAUACAAUCCAGGCAAAACAACUAAUAAAUUUAUUACUUAGUGACGAUUUCUAUCCAGUGAUAUCAUAUCAACGAGUUUAGAAAGAAAGCGACGAAUUAUUGUAUACGGUUUGGUCACUCGUUAUGGUCCGCGAAUCAGUUGCCAGCGCAAGGAGUUGAAGAGGCCUGUGGAUCACUGGUCACGGUGAGAAGAGUCGCAGUUCAAAACAGUAUACAUACGUGCAGAGGGACGGUUUCUGCUACGCGUCAGAACGGGGGACUUGGACAGAAGGAUGAACCAGACAAACCAGAGCGAGAAGUCCUUGAAGCCGAGGAACCAGCGUGCGAGCGAGCGAGUGAAAGAUCCUCGGGAUGA